UACUGCAACCCGCACGUCAUCCAUUCCUACAAGCUGAAGUUGUAGUGCUUGUACUUGUUAGGAGUAGUACUAGUAGUAAUAGUAUUAAUCUAUCAAAUAAGAUUCCCAUUCUGCCGUGCUUGCAUUGUUUAUAUAUAUAUAUAUAUAUAUGUGUGUGUGUGUGUGUGUUGGAAUACAGUCACUCAAACAACACGACUGUCAUUACACUAUACUCGCAACAUCCAUGCCACCAACACAACGUCAUACGUCAUAUACCCAAGCCAGCACUUGCACGUCUCAAGCCAGCAGUUGCGCCUCACAAGCCAGCAGUUGCGCCUCACAAGCCAGCAGUUGCGCCUCACAAGCCAGCACUUGCACGUCUCAAGCCAGCAGUUGCACGUCUCAUACUGGCUCUGGAAACCACAAAAGAAAAAUACAAAACUCACACGACACACAAAACUUCGAGCGAGAAAAAAGGUCUAUUAGGUUCUUGGCUACUCCAGAACGUCUUCACUCUCUUCCAGGUCAAGGGAAACUAGGUCUUCCAUCAGACCAAACAAUACGAUACCAUACUCGAACCAAGGAAACUAGGUCUGCCCUCAGACCAAUCAACACGAUACCAUACUCGACCCAAGCAAAACCACUCUUUCCAUCACACUAAAACACACAAGACCAGCUACUCUCAGACCAUCGUG